AUGCCAGGCCCCGGUCCGCACCUCAUGUACGCCAUGGGCACUGGCCUGGCUCUGACCACUCUCAGCAAUGGCAGGUUCAGCCCCCACCACACCCUCUUCUACACCAUCAACGCCUUCUUUGGCCCUGACAUCGGAUCCUUCUCUGAGUGGCUCGACUCCAUCCUCGGCUUCGGCUUCGGCUCCAAGCUAGCCGACUUAAUCCACCACCCCUUUUACUAUGUUCUCUUUCCGGGUCUUCCUCUGUGUUUGCUCUACUCUUGGGUCUCUAGAGUUUUGCUUCAAAGACGUCUUCUUGAUUCGUUUUCUCGGGUGCCCCUUACUAGGAAGCAGUGCUGGUUCUUGGUGUCAGCUGGUUCUUUUUCACACUUUUUCCUUGACCACUUGUUUGAGGAGAAUGGGCAUUCAAAAAUGUAUACUUGGAUUUUGAGCACUGGUUGGUGGAAGGGCCGGGCACCGAUUAACCCAGAUGCUGUUGUUGUAGUUGGCCUUUUAUGCAUUGUCUUAAUCGGCGGCUUUAUUUACAUCAACAGGGUUAAGCCUCACAAGUCUAUUAAUAAGCAAUCAUAUCAAUCAGUGACACUGAUUUCCAUUGUAGCAAUCCUGUAUUGCUUAUGGUGUGCAAGCCAAAUACACUGGGUUAAUCCUCGUCGACCAGCAGUUGGUGAAGAGGCUGAUCUUGGGGUUCUUGUGUUUCUCGCCAUCUACUUCUUUCUUCCUCACCUUUUGUGUAUAUUGUCCAUGCACCCUAGAGAUCUUCAAGCAGAGCAACUUCCACUAUAA